UUGAAAUCAGUUCAUAGACAACGACUUUCGUGGAAGGAGAAUCGGUUAGUGAGCAUUUUUCAAAAUGAACGCGGUGAAAUUUGCGGAAGAAUUCACGCAGUUACUCUGCCGAUGGACGAGGACUGUUACAAACGAAGACGGCAGUUCCGCUCCUCUUUUAACCAACAAACAGCUAUUAAAGAUCAUACAGGAUGUGAUACAAGUGAUGCACGGAGUGAGUCUACAAAUUCUUGAUUACUCUACAAUAACAACACCUACGACAGGUAUCGCUGUUUGCACUCCAACUGCGCCUGUAGUAGCUAAACUUGAUCUGCAUCAAAAUAAUACAUCGAUAUCAAGAUUCAGAUCGUUGGACACUUUGAUAAUGCUGAAUGAAUCGAACGAUCAUAAGCCUGAUAUCAAGGAAGAAGCAUCGAAAAAUGAGGAAAAAUUGGAUAUCGACGAAAUUAGGGAAUGCGACACAUUGCCUGAGGAUAGAAAGUUCAUCUCACGUUCGAGUCCAGCGAUUCACGUCAGCUCUGUCGCGAGGUCCAACACGUUCGUUUACGAAGAAGAUGAAAAAAACGAGGCAAAUAGAGUCGCUGAUCGAAAGGAGAGCAACGUUUUCCAUCAAAAUGAGACGUCCGUUUGCGACCUCCAAAAGUUCUUAAAAAAAGUAAACAGUCUGCGAGAUUGCGCCUCUGACAUCUUAUCGAAGAUCGACGACUUGAAACAGGAUGUACUCCCACAACCCACGAAACACAUUCGACGACUAUCCAGCAUGGGUGGUUUUCCCGGAGUGAACCGCACUUCAUCGCUGAUGAGAUCAAUUCCGCCGCCUAAACCUCGAAGAUCCGUGUCAGACUUUCCAGGCACGCCCACGUCCUCCAAACUGAACCCGACGAUCACGACCAAGGAGAAUAUUGCGUCCGGGAGGAGCAAAAGUUCGGAAAAUUUUCAAAAGCCGCCGAAAAUCACGUUGUCGAAUCGUUCGCCAUCGUUCUCGGUCCCAUUCACCAAAAAGUCCCCAUUGGACAACAUCAAACCCUCUAAGAAUCCUAAAUACGCACACGUGCAGAGCACCAUACCGAAAGCUUCGACAGUUACCACAAGCGUGGUUGGAGUGCAAACAGCGGGAUACCUGAGGAAGGUGUUUUCACUGAAGAAUAAUCAGGCAUUUGUAGACUCACUCCCUGCAUCACCUGUGUUGCAUAUAUUACAUUGUGCUUAAUAGUUGUUGGUUGGUUACGAAGAGAGUGGUAUGGUUACCUUAUUUAUAUAAAUUCCUAUAUCAUUGCAGUCUUGUACUGCCAAU